AUGUGCUUUGUGACCAUGCCCGGAGGAAAAGAAAUGAUAACGGCUAGUCGAAAUCAACUAAUCCGCGUGUGGGAUAUUGAAAGCCACACGAUGCUGAGAGCUUGGAAGGCCCACGAUGCUCCUGUUGCUGCUAUGGCGAUUGAUCCCUCUGGAAAGUUGCUGGUAACAGGUAGCGGCGAUCACACAGCGAAGGUAUGGGACAUCGAGAAAGGGUACUGCACACACAACUUCCGACACCCAUUUGGUGUGGUUCACUUGGUGGCAUUCACGAAAACGAGCCAUCCUCUCUAUGUUGUGACUUGCUGCGAUGACCAGCUCAUUCGGAUCUGGGAUUUAUAUGAAGAAAAGGAGAAGCAGCUUCUGAAAGAGCUGAAAGGUCAUUUAAACAGCGUGACAAGCCUCUGUAUAACUGAAAACAAUUUGCUGCUCUCCACUUCGCGAGAUAAGACCGUGAUUUUGUGGAGCUUGCUCACCGGAGAGGAAAUAAAAACCAUCGUUGUGUACGAGGCGAUCGAAUCGAUCCUCCAGCUUCCUCCCUCGUUCUAUCCCUCCCUGGGAAUCACGCUCGAAAAGAGCAAAAAGGUCACUCUGCAGAGCUACUUCGUGCUCGCAGGAGACCAGGGAGUUCUCCAUCUCUACCGCUGUCUGGCUUCUCUAAACAAGGGCACGCUAAGUUACUCCUUCGAGGAAGUGCAGUCCUCCUUCGGAGACAACGAAAUCACCUUCUAUAAGCGCGAAAUGGAGCCUUCCACCGAGCGAAACAAGGAAUACUAUGCGUCCUUGUUUGUGCUGAAAGACCUCAUCAUUGCCGAGGCUGCGAACUGCAUCUUGGGCGUUACAAACAGCAAUAAUUUCAAAGUGUUUGUCCCUGAUCAGAAGCGUUUGCGUUACGAUCACACCAUCAUCGGCAACAACGACGAAGUCGUCGAUCUCUGCUACGUAGGCGACUCGAAUCACCUCGCCGUGGCCACCAACAGCUACGAGUUGCGACUUUUCUUCAUCCCCACAUUCGCUUCGAACCUCCUCUACGGUCAUCGCGACACCAUUCUCUCCGUGAAGGCCACUGCCAACGGAGCGUUCCUUCUCACCACCUCCAAAGACAAAACCGUGCGGUUGUGGCACCGAGAUUCGCACAUGUGCAUCGCCGUCUGCGAGGGACACUUCCAGGAAGUCUCGUGCGGAGCGCUCUCGCAGCGUCCCCGAGCGCUGGCGCGCUCGUUGCUGUCGCUCAUCUACGGCAGCGCUCUGAAGAAGGACUGCAACCACACGUUCCCCGCGGGGGAGACAGAGAAAACGCUCAAACUGCUGCUGGAGCGGGAGGAGAAUUGCGAGAUUCCGUCGUUUUGGGUGAGUGGAAGCGAGGACAAAACGCUGAAGCUGUGGGAUCUGGAGAGCAUCACGGACGGCGUUCUGCACGGCGCCAAGGUCACCGUGAAAGCGCACGAUAAGAGCAUCAACGCGGUGUGCGUGGCGCCGAACGACAAGCUGGUGGCGAGCUGCUCGAUGGACAAAACCAUCAAACUGUGGAGCUUGCCGCAGUUGUCGCUGGUGCACACGCUCAAGGGACACCGCAAGGGAGUGUGGGACAUCUCCUUCUCGACGAUCAACAGCGUCCUGCUGAGCAGUAGCGGGGAUCAGACGAUCCGCGUGUGGAACGUUCGCGACGGCUCCACGCUCUACACGAUCGAAGGCUUUGAUCACAGCGUCGGUUUCGGGAGUGGAUGUGACGUCUAG